AAUAAUAAAACUCUAGAUGAAUUAUCAAUUAUUUGUAUUCUUACUUAUUGAAACCGAACACGACGAUUAAAGUUAAUGUAUGUUCAAAGGUGGGAGUGGCACAAACACCUGAAAGUCCGUACUCGGGGGAGUAAUAUUCUAUAUAGCUGUCCGCAAAUUUCGCCUGACCAAAAAGUCCUGAACGUUUCUCUGAAAGUUUCGUGUGCUUUACAACUCGAGUUGUUUCCCAUUUUAAUGCUUUAAAACAAACCUCAGUAUUUCAAUAAUGUUGUUUUGACCUUUUUAUUUUUCGUUUAUCGACAUUUACUCGUGUCUGAGUUGCGUUUACGUGUCGUGGGAUCUGCAGGCGCCUCCUCAGCUGCUCACACACUUCUGCCAUAUUGACACAGAGUGAUUGUGUCUCGGCAGAGUCAGCUGAAGCCAGCAGCUGAGAUGAUCCACAGUCUGUUCCUGGUGAAUCAGUCGGGAGACAUCUUCCUGGAGAAACACUGGAAGAGCGUCAUCAGCAGGACCGUGUGCGACUACUUCUUCGAGGCCAAGGAGAAGGCGGUGCAGCCGGAGAAUGUGCCCCCAGUCCUGCAGACCCCCCACCACUACCUCAUCACCAUCUACAGAGACAAGCUCUUCUUCCUGUCCGUCGUCCAGACCGAGAUCUCCCCGCUGUUUGUCAUCGAGUUCCUGCACAGGGUGGCAGACACGUUCCAGGACUAUUUUGGAGAAUGUUCAGAAAGUAUCAUCAAGGACAAUGUGGUGACGGUGUACGAGCUGUUGGAGGAGAUGCUGGACAACGGCUUCCCACUGGCAACAGAGUCCAACAUCCUCAAAGAGAUGAUCAGGCCUCCCACCAUCCUGCGAUCAGUGGUCAAUACGCUCACAGGAGGCAGUAAUGUUGGAGAUACGUUGCCAACAGGACAAUUGUCCAGCAUCCCGUGGAGGCGAGCUGGUGUUAAAUACACCAACAAUGAGGCAUAUUUUGAUGUGAUAGAGGAAAUAGAUGCAAUUGUGGACAAAUCAGGCACGACAGUAUUUGCAGAGAUCCAGGGUGUGAUCGAAGCCUCCGUGAAACUCACUGGGAUGCCUGACCUGACUCUGUCCUUCAUGAAUCCUCGUCUUCUCGACGACAUGAGUUUCCACCCGUGUGUGAGGUUUAAGCGCUGGGAGGCGGAGCGUGUCCUAUCUUUCAUCCCGCCAGAUGGGAACUUCACACUGAUGACCUAUCAUGUCACCUCUCAAAAUCUCGUGGCCCUCCCUGUAUACGUGAAGCAAAACAUCAGUUUCUUUGAGACGGGAUCUUGUGGCCGCCUUGACAUCACAAUCGGACCCAAGCAGACCAUGGGGAAGACGGUGGAGGGCUUGAUGGUCACUGUGCACAUGCCAAAAUCGGUGCUCAGUGUCAACCUCACAGCCUCACAAGGAAACUACACCUAUGACCUCACUUCCAAGCUGUUGGUUUGGGACAUUGGCAAACUAAACCCCCAGAAGCUUCCUAACCUGCGUGGCGGUCUGACUAUGCUGUCGGGAGCCCCCAGACCUGAAGAGAACCCGUCUCUUGACAUUAACCUGAAGAUACAGCAGCUGGCAAUAUCAGGUGUCAAGGUGAGUCGUCUCGACAUGUAUGGAGAGAAGUACAAGCCAUUUAAAGGGGUCAAAUAUUUGACUAAAGCCGGGAAAUUCCAAGUUCGGACCUGAUUGAUGACUGUCUAUGAGGCCAAAGGUCAAUACAGUCCAUUGUGCCAAAUAGGAGGCAAUGUCACUACACCGCUGAGUCAUCCAGUACAUCUUAUACAUCCUCCAGCUCAUUGUUAUUAAUGCAUAAUUUUGCAUUCUAACAGUUAUUUUUUAUAUGUCUGGCAUUACAUAUAAAUAUAUAUAUAUAUAUAUGAAUGGAUGCUAUUUGUGGCUUGUAAAGAGGUGCCUUAAUAAUUAAUAUGACCUUUUGAAUAUGAAGUGCUAAUGGUUCCUAUCCAGUUUAAUUCUAGUUCACCAUUUGAACCGUUCCACUUUCUUUUUUAGACUAUUUUCUGAAUAGAAUGUUUUUUUUCUUUUCCUUUUUCCUUUCUCUAUCACCUUCUGAGUGUUUUCUAAGGAGGACUAUUUUGGUUUUGAAAAGGGACACUCGCGGCUCACUGCCUCGCUCCCCACUACUUCAACACACCUGUACAAUCUUAUGUUACCUGAGAGCAAAUAGCCAUGCCUUUUAAAACCAAUUCACAAAGUACAAGGUAGCCACUUUUAUACCUACACACACACACACAUGUAUGUUUAUAUGUGUGUUUAUUUUUGAGAAAUCUAAUGAAGCUGCAGUAUGUCUCAAGGCGCUGUCUGUAGUGCAUGUUUUUUGCACACAUUCUCAUCUUUAAAGUGGCCUUAAAUAAGAAUAGAUUAAAAUGCUUUGUAAAGCACAACAUCACAGCACGAACUACAUAUUCUUGCGACCUAAGGGAAGUAUAUCCUCAAUUUAUCUAUGGUACGUAGUUUGACCUAUGGAGUUUAACAACAGUCAGGGCCUGGAAACAUUUGUAUAAUAGACUAGAAAUCUACAAAGAUCCUCACAUAAUCUUGAAUACAACGUCUUAACUCAGCACAGCAUUUGCACAAUCAAUUAUCCAUUCGGAAAAUACUACUUAAAGCUCUUGUAUGAAGUUGAAUCUGUGUUUUAGUGUACUGUAUAAAAUGUCUUAUUAAAGCUUUAUAACUUCG